AUGCCACCUCUACCUAUAAACCUGAGCUCCCUCCCAAACGCCUUCAUUAACGCUGUUACAGAAAAUAGUAAUGAGGAUAGCGUUCCGAACGAUCAAGUCAAAAGUCAGCAAAAGGUUUUAUUGGCAUCCUCGGCUGAAAAGGAUGUUAUAUUCGCGUGCGUUCAACGAAUCGAUGACAAAAUUCGCGGCGUAAAGGCAGAGGUAUUACAGUUGAUUCGUGAUCGACAAGAGGAAUUCGUCGCUCUUUAUGACGAGUCCGCUUCGUUGCGCAAUAAAAUCGACACCUUAUUCAUGGAAGUCGAUAGCGUGUCACGAGGAAUUAAUGAUCCUGAGACAGGAAUGAAACCAAAACUUCUCACGGCAUUAAAAGACAAUAAAUUGAUAAAACAGCAAGUUCAAAAUACCAGGUGUGUGGUGGAGACGUUGGAAUAUCUGAGCGAGCUCCAAACUUCUGAAAAACGAUUUCAAGAGUACAUGAUUCAAGGUCGGAUAGAAGAGGCAGCCGGUACCAUUACAGAGAUGGAUAGAUUGUUGGAAUCCCCUCCGAUACAAACGAAUCAAAAAAUUCAUAUUUUUGAUAGAUUAAAGAUACAACUAGCAUCUAUGAGAGAAUCGUUAGAGCGAAAUCUCGACGAUUUGCUAAACGAAGCUAUUUCUUUUAAAAAAAGUGGGGAGAAUGAUGCCGAUGGGUUUAACCUCUCGAUUGAGUCAAUAAAUAUGCAAUUGUCGAGAUUAAAAAAAAAUGCAAUGAAAUACCUCGUAAAUCCAUUGCUGAAACACCGGGAUUCCUGGAAAGCAUCAGUCAAAAUUGAAGAUGAUAUUACGGCGAGAUUGUUUGUUGGACCAACCCGCGGAGGCGAAAAUAUUGCCGAUUACAAUCAAGGUGAUGCAUUUUCUGUUAUGAUUCUGAAAUUUUGUGCAUUCUUCAUACUUGUAACUCCACGAAAUUUUCUUUCAAUAGAUGUGACAUUCACACCUUUGAUCGUUAUAUUUCAGUUUGUGUACACGUUUAUAUUCGGCGGAAUUAAUCCGACAUCCAAAGAAACAUUGGUAUUGCCGAUUGCAUCUCAAUAUGCGUCCACCUUUGGAAAGUUUAUCUCUCACGAUCUGCGUGACGUUGUAAUUAAUGAGUACCUUUCGCAUGUGAUUCCGACGGAGAUCAGUGAAUUCAAACGUUUUGAAGAAGUGACAAAUGCCGUUAGACGUUUUCAGUUAGAAAUGCGUAGAAUGGGAUUUAUGCGGACACCUCGAGAGGGAGAAGAGGAGGAGGAAAGGACGUUGGGUGCAUAUGUGGCAAAAGUCGAUAUUCUUUUCACAGUAAAAAAAAGGGACAGGUUGUUGGAACUUGGAAGAAACAUUAUGUUGAACAAAAGCUUCGAGAGCGUGUUUAUUAUAAAGGAGGAACCGGAAGAAGUUAUCAGCGAAGAAACAAGAGACACCAAACUAAUCGAUGACAAAUUAGAAACUGAGAAUCAUCAAAAUGGUGCCGAUGUUGAAACGCAAAAUAUUAAUCCGAAUGAAGGUUGGGAGGUUGAUUGGAACGAGGCAUGGGAUGAAGAUGGUUGGGUUAACGAUGAUUCAUCAAAUCAAGAAAGAACACCAGGGGAGGCGGGUACAAACGCUUCCGCCAAAGUGGAAAAGGAAUUGAUGAAAUACGCUGUAACGGUCAAGCCCAAACCUUUGAUAGACUUGACAAUUAACACACUGGAUGAAGCUCAAAAUUUAAACACAAAAAGUGGAUUGCGUCUAUAUCAGGCAACGCUAGACCUUUUUGACUUAUAUCGAGCAAUAAUGCCUGUAUACCACUCGGAUCAGCUUAUCAAUAAACCCGCUCUGGCCAUGUUAUUUCGCAACGAUUAUUCGGAUGAUUCGAAAGGUGACAGAAUUCUAUACAAGGAGGCUGCCGACAGGUUGCGAGAGUUGGGUUCCGAGUGGUAUGAAAAGCAAUUGGAUAAACAAAAAUCAUUACAUAAGCAAAUUUUGCAAGAGAUGGGGGGAGUACAACAAUCCGCGAAUGAAGAAAGGUUCGAAGCCUGUCAGCGUUCUAUGAACAGGAUAGUGGAUAAUAUGAAUUACUUAUCUAAAGAGUGGAAGGAAAUUUUAUUACCCUCAGAAUAUUAUUCAAUAAUGGGUUCACUAAUAGGAAUGGUGCUAGAUAUUAUGAUAGAAAAUUUGGAGGAUUUAUAUGACAUCUCUGCAGAGGAAUCUCAUCAAUUGAACUUAAUCUAUUCCAGAUUAUUGAUCCUGGAAAAUAUAUUCAACGGGAAUAGGCGAAAUACAAUUGAGCAGUACGUCAAGAAUUGGAAAAAAUUCUGUCAGAUUACAGAUAUUCUAGAACUCUCUUUUGCCGAGAUUAUGAACAGAUUUCGCGCUUCUGAGCUCGAAUGCUUCACAACUAACGAGUUGGAGGGUCUUAUAUGUGCGCUGUUUGCGGAUACUGCUCUGAGGGAAAGAAAUUUACAGGAGAUUAGAGACGGUCAUCCCGUUCGGGAGCAUUAA